AUGUCGGAGGAAUAUAUUGCAGCUUCUACCUUGGCCAGAAACUUGGAAUUUUCCAAGGGGAAUGAGUUCCAUACUAUUUUGACGACAUUAAGAUCGCCCGUUUAUGUUAAUGAACAGCUAUUGAAAUCUGAAUUGGGUUUCCUUGUUACAAAAAUUCUGAAAUUACUCAGGUCAAGCAAUGAUUUUGACCUUUGGAAGGGAUGUCAUACUUCUGUUGUAGUUUGCGCCUAUAAUCCAUUGAUUUUAUCUACCCAUGGUGGACAAUUACUUGCUGCUGUUUAUUCAAGGCUAGAACAAAAGACAAAUUUUUACUCUUCCGUUAUUUCUUCUUCACAUGGAAAGCAGUUAUUCAAUACUCUGAUUUCCUCUAUGGCAAUUAUCAUUGAUCUAAUGAAGAAUAAACCUACAUUGUCAAGAGAGGCGUUGGUUCCUAAACUAAGAGCUAUAAUUCCAACAUUAAUUACUCUGUCUCAAUACGAGCCCGAACUCGUUUUACCAGUGUUACAAAAAUUAUUAAAGAGAAAUACCACUACAUUUAAGCCAUUUGUCAAUAAAUUUCGUACUGUUCUAACUAAUUUAAUCAUAUCAGAUUAUGCCUCUUUAGGCUCUAAAACGCAGAAACUCGUUUGUGAUAAUUUUGCUUAUUUGCAUUUGCUAAAGAUUCAAGUUAGCAAUACAAACGAUGACGAAACCCAGGCGCAUCACAAAGUUUAUGCUGAUUCUAAUUGGAGAACAGGGCUAUUAUCUAUCUUAUCACAAUUCAAACCGGUUGUUUUGUUAUGUGGAGAGAUUUUGGAUUUUGAACAAGAUAAUGAGCUGUACAAAUUAAUCAAAUCUUUACCAGAUAAAGAUGAAUCCAACGAUAAAGCUGAUUUUUUGCCCGCAUUGAAACUUGACUUCAAUGCACCUUUAACUUUGUGGGAAAUUCCACAACGUUUGUCAUUAUUUGUGGACAUGCUUGUUGCAUUCAUCUCUUUGCCUACUCCAUUUCCCAUUCGAGUUCCAUUGGGUGGUAUCAACUCUCUUUCUGAAGUUUUGUUAGGAAUUAACAACAAAUAUUUACCUUUAAAGAAAGAACUACGUCGCGAUAAUGAAUUAAAUGGUGUCAUCAAUAGUAUCUUACCUCAAAUACAAUUCCAGGGUAUCAGGUUGUGGGAAACUAUGGUUUCUAAAUAUGGAAAGUGUGGCUUAUCAUUUUUCGAAGGUAUUCUUUCUUCUGUUGAACUUUUCAUUCCCUUAAAAAGAAAGAACAAUAAAGAGAUUGACUUUAGUGUUGUGGGGUCCUUGAAAUUCGAGUUUUUCACUAUUUUCAGACUAAUAAAUAUGAUGAUGUCACACUUAGGUCACCAACUAAACACAAUUAGCGUCAUAUCUCAAUUAAUCGAUGUCGCAUUGUUUUUAUCUCGCGAUAAAACAAUGAUUGAUUCUCUGUUUAAGAAUCGUAAAGGAAAUAUGAAGCAACAGGCUAAAACGAAACAAUCGAAGAAAAGUAAAAGUACCGAAGGUGCAUUUUCUGACAUUUAUACGCAUCCAGAAUUAUUCAUAUGCAGGAAUUCCAUGAAUUGGUUGAAUGAGAUUAAUGAAUUUUUUACUACGGUGUUAAAUAAUUGGAUUUUACCUUCCACUCCACAUAUUCAAAUUUUGAAAUAUAGUAUCACACAAUCUUUAAGAUUGAAGGAAAAACUUGGUUAUAUUCCAGAAAGCUUUGUUGAUCUUUUACGUUCUGAAGUUCUUCACCCAGGUAAUGAACGGGUUUCAAUUUUACCGAUUGCAAUAUCACUGUUAAAGAAUACAAACGAUGAUAUGUUUGAGUUACUGUGUCAUCCAAAAGUUCCGGUUGGUAUGAUGUACCAAUUGCACAAACCUUUGGAUCUAGGCGAAGAGGAAAAGGUGGAAGAAAGGAACAAUGAGAGAGAGAGAGAGACUAACGGAUCAUAUUCUCAUGCAAGUACCGAUUUAAAAACUUUCAAAGCGUUAGAAAAUUUGGAAAACGUAGCAAUUCCUGAACCCGAACGCACAGUUCCGGAGCUAAUGGACAACACCGCCGUCUUUAAGAAGAGAACAGUAGAAGACAUUAUUGAAAAAGAAACUGCAUCUCUGAACAAGAAAGUAAAAGUUGUAGAGGAAACAACCGUUGAAAAUGGCAAAGAAUUGACCGUGGAAGAAACUAUAGGUCAAACUAAAUUGGAUGCUAAGCUAGUGGAGGACAGUGACGAUGAAGAACAAGAGUUCGAAAUUCCUGCUAUUGAAUUGAGUGAUGAAGAUGAGGAUGAUGAGAAAGAGGAAUAA